GCAGUAGGAACUGUGUAGUACUAGCAAGCAGUUGUGUGUGUCGAGUUGGCUGGGCCGGUCAAUGGGAGCGAUGGCGGAGCCUGAGCGUUGUAGUAUAAGAAGGCAGCUAACCCUCUGACCGAGCACGCUGAGCUACCGUGCCGGCUUCCACUCAGCUACCGGGGGCGGACGUUGCCAUAGGUGUUUCCAUUCUGCUAUGGUGUCCCGAUUAGUCGGCGAAAAUGAAAACACCCAAGAGUCCGUUGAACAAGCAUCUUGUAAGCCAUUUCUUCCGUGGCUGAUCGUCCUCGUCGCCUUCGUGGCUGUGGCCCGCGCCGGCUACUUGGGUGCCCCUGCAGUCUACGCCCCCGGCGCCCCCAUCGCUGCCCGCGCCUACGCCGCCCCUGUGGCGUACGCCGCCCCCGCUCUACGUGCCGCUCCCCUGGCCGUCGCCCCCGCCGUGAGGGCCGCCCCCGUCGCCUAUGCCGCCCCUGCCGCCGUGGCCGCCGCUGAAUACGACCCCCACCCGCAGUACAGCUACGCCUACAGCGUGUCUGACGCCGUCACCGGUGACUCAAAGAACCAGCAGGAGAGCCGUGACGGAGACGUCGUCCAGGGCAGCUACAGCCUGGUCGAGCCCGACGGUUCCGUCCGCGUCGUAGACUACACCGCCGACCCCGUCAACGGCUUCAACGCCGUGGUGCACAAGGAGGCCGGUGCCCACCCCGCCCCCGUCGUCGCUAAGGUGGCCGCUCCCGUCGCCUACGCCGCCCCCGCUUUCGCCAAGGUGGCCGCCCCCCUCGCCUACGCCGCCCCCGCCUACGGCAAGGCCAUCCUGGGUUAAAAUGACCAGCAUGUGGCAGUUUGAUGCUGCCUUAAACAACGAAGCUGCAGCAAAAUACACUACGCCAUGCUGUACGUUAUGUGCAUUACAUUAAUGCACUGCAAUAAACAACUUGCUUAAACA